UUGUCGACCAUCUGGGGCGAUUUAAAAGGAUUUCCCUGUCAACAACGCUUGUUUCUCAAGACUUGAGUAGUGAAACACAGGCCAUCAUGGCGGGCGUUGGGGCGAAUGCCUCGACUAACCCUGCAUGUAAAAUCAUGACCUUUCGACCCACUAUGGAGGAGUUUCGGGACUUUAACCAGUAUCUGGUGUACAUGGAGUCGCAGGGAGCGCAUCGUGCCGGACUGGCCAAGGUGAUCCCGCCAAAUGGCUGGAAGCCGAGGCGAUGCUACGAUGACAUCGACGACCUCAUCAUUCAGGCGCCCAUUCAGCAGAUGGUGGCCGGCCAGUCGGGGCUCUUCACGCAGUACAACAUCCAGAAGAAGCCGCUCGCAGUGCAGGAGUUUCGCCGACUGGCUAACAGCGAUCAAUACUGUACACCACGCUACCUGAACUAUGAAGACCUGGAGAGAAAGUACUGGAGGAAUCUGACCUUCGUGCCACCCAUAUACGGCGCAGACGUGAGUGGAACGCUGUACGAUGAGGACGUAGAGGAGUGGAAUAUCGGGCACCUGAACUCCAUCCUGGACGUAAUCGAAGAGGACUGUGGGGUCUCCAUCCAGGGUGUCAACACGCCAUACUUGUACUUCGGCAUGUGGAAGACGAGCUUCACCUGGCACACAGAGGACAUGGACCUCUACAGCAUCAACUACCUGCAUUUUGGAGAACCCAAGUUCUGGUACGCUAUUCCCCCGGAGCAUGGAAAGAGACUGGAGCGACUAGCCACAGGCUUUUUUCCUAACAGCUUCAAGAGUUGUGAAGCUUUUCUCAGACACAAGAUGACCCUCAUAUCUCCCUCUGUGCUGAAGAAAUACGGCAUCCCAUUCGAUAAGAUUACACAGGAAGCUGGGGAGUUCAUGAUCACGUUCCCGUACAGCUACCACGCCGGCUUUAACCAUGGCUUCAACUGCGCUGAAUCCACCAACUUUGCCAGCCUGCGCUGGAUCGACUACGGCAAAGUGGCCACUCAGUGCAUGUGCAGUAGGGACAUGGUCAAGAUCUCCAUGGACCCAUUCGUUAGACAUUUCCAGCCAGAUCGGUACCAGGCAUGGACGCAGGGCAAAGACACCUGCCCGCUGGACCAUACGCUGGCUACACCCCUCACCACACCCGAGCUCCAAACGUGGCUCCAGAGACGCCAGAAAAAAGGCCAGAAAUCCAACAAGAGAGUCCGCCAGCCUUGCACGCGCUCCAAGCGGCUGAAGACGGUGCAGCAGCCGGUUGCUGUGGAGAACGAGACUACGAGGCAGGGAAACCAGGGAAACCAGGAUGAGAAAGAAGCUCAGCUGAAAAAAGACGACAAACUCCACAAUGCAGUGCAAAUCCCAGGCCCCGCCGGUCUUUGUCAGCAGGCGUGUUUUGUCAAGGUAACGCGCGUUGAGCGCGAUUUAUUGGCCCGCUCAUCUAAAUCCCAGAGAGACUCGUCCGAAGAACCAUCCGAUGAUUGUCAACCCAUUAAACAGUCCCAGUCUGAGACUGCAGACUGUCAGGACAACGUGCUCUCUGAUGUUCCUUCGAAAAAGGCCUUAGAAACCAACCGGUCCCUUAUGUCCACAGAGAACGCCGCUAAUGAAUCGACAUCUUCCAAUCUGCUCACCAAACCCCACCGAGGUUCUGAUGAUGCUGACGACACGGCAAGUCCAGAUCGGAUCAGCGAGUCGACCGCACGUCCUACAGUAACGAAGCUCGAUGAGGAAAGUCCUGCAGUCACUGUUGAAAAGUCUGGAGCCCCUUCGUCCGACAUGCCUCUCUUGACCCCGGAGUGUGCGGAGCAGGACGGACCAAGCAACACUUUGCAUCAGAUGUGUGAAAUGCCCUUCCUGACCCUAGCUGUUCAGUCCAGCAAUAAAACACCUCUGGAUGAUUCAAAUACUUCUGCAGAACCAUCGACCCUCCUAAAGAAACGUCCACCGCCUAACGAAACCAACACAAAGCCACUUUAUUCUGAUUUAAGUAGUUAUUCAGACACUAAAAAUGAUAUGCCGGAUUUAUUAAUGAUGCCCAGCAGCAGCUGUAGCGAUGCAACUCCAUAUCAAGCCUCACCCAGUACAACAGCGCCUCACGUCAUGUGUGCGGAGCCUCACCGCCACCAGGUCGAAUCUCCUGAUCCUACAGGCCCUCCGGACACGUGCGUGAACUUCACUAACCUGGAGCGUGCGGUGUACCAUUCAGGCACGAAGCUUUCGGAAGCUCCAGACAGGCCGUGCAGGUCGCAGGUCGCAGACCAGUGCGAUGCGUCGGUCGGGAGAGGGGAGGACAGUACCGGCGAGUCCGGUGAGGAGGACAGCACGAGCGAGGGCGAGUAUGGAAGCAUGGAGUCGGCUGACGACAGCAAUUACCGUCUACACUCGGUGAAGAGAAGGACAGCCAAGAGUCGGCGUCACCCCUUGAGGAAGCCAACAGCGAGGGCGGUGCCCAGUGCGGUCAAGCAGCAGGACAACAGCGAUGACGAACACAUGGAAGAGGGAUCUGCAGACGGAGAGCAGCAGGAAGAUGACCUCUGGGCCAGGUCUCUGGUUCAUCUCUGGCACAACAGAAAGUUCCACUUUCCCUCCGAGAGAGAAUACAACAGCACAGCGGCUAAAACCGCCCCACAUUGUGCUGUCUGCACCCUCUUCAUGCCUUAUUAUCAGCCUGAGGAGAGAGCGGACGAAAGCCGACCUGAUGUGCCAGUGAGUGUGGGGAAGGUGGCAGCGAGGUCGAGACCCCUCAUCCCUGAAAUCUGCUUUGCAUAUCGUGAGGGCUCGUGUCCCCCCAGCACAUCUCUAGAAGAGGAUGGAUCCAGUCCUCUUGUGUCCUGCAGAAGCUGCUGCGUUCAGGUUCAUGCCAGUUGCUACGGCAUUGGUGCUGAUGAGGUCAGUCAGGAGUGGAUGUGUGACCGCUGUUCCUGUGGAGAUCUUACAGCUGAGUGCUGUUUGUGUAACCUAAGAGGUGGUGCAUUAAAAAGAACCGCAGAUAACAGAUGGGCCCAUGUGAUGUGUGCCGUGUGUCUUCCUGAAGUGAAAUUUCUCAAUAUAGUGAAGAGAAGUCCAGUCGACGUCGGUGCUGUUCCUGCACAAAGAUACAGACUGAAAUGUAUAUAUUGUCAUAAGCGGAUGAAGAAGUGGGCAGGUGCGUGUAUUCAGUGCUCCUGUGGUCGUUGUCCCACCUCCUUCCACGUCACGUGCGCUCAUGCCGCUGGAGUCACCAUGGAGCCGGACGACUGGCCGUACGUGGUGUUCGUCAUCUGUCACAGACACCAGUCGCGGAGCUCCAGCGCUAAAUCGAAGGCGAGUGGAACCGAGCUAGCGCUGGGACAAACGGUGAUCGCCAAACACAAGAACCUGCGCUACUACAGCUGCCGUGUGACCCAGGCCACCACGCAGACCUUCUACGAAGUCAUGUUCGACGACGGCUCCUUCAGUAACGACACCUUCCCCGAGGACAUUGUGAGCCGAGACUGCGCCCAGCUUGGACCUCCUGAGGUCGGCGAGGCCGUGCAGGUGAAAUGGCCGGACGGACUCUUCUAUGGAGCUAAAUAUCUGGGUUCCAACACCUCGUACAUGUAUCAGGUGGAGUUUGAGGAUGGCUCUCAGGUGCUUGCUAAGAGAGAGGACAUUUAUACCCUGGAUGAGGACCUGCCCAAGAAGGUUAAAGGUCGCCUUUCCACAGCCUCCAGCAUGCGUUUCGAGGACGCCUUCUUCACCACGCAGGGCGAGCGCAAGCGCCAUCGCACCCCCAACUCUCGAUUCCAAAACGACUACGUGGCGAACCUGAGCCCUCGGACCUGCAGCAAAAGCAACUGAGAGGAGACGGCGGCGGCUGUGGAGAAGAAUUUUAGUACUAUACAUAUACAGUAUAUAUACAGUCUGUAUAAGGCCAAAAUAAUGUAAUACUGCAGGAUGAUACUGUUUUUUUUCUCCUCACCCCUAUGAAUGAUGAAGCAUUAACAGAUUUAGUCUCCGUGUCGUUCCAUACCGUUUCAGGGCUCAUCUGGCUGUGCUCACCGCUUUUAUAAACCACCUUCUGCACUCCCCCCCCCCCCCCCCCCCCCCCCCCAUCACACUCUCACUAUUUUAAAAACGCUAACGUCAUUGUUUUUUAUUGUUUAAAUAUUGCUACUGAUCGCCUCUCCCCCGCACAUUCGGUCCACAUCAGAUUUUUAUCUUAUUUAUUUUGGAUCAUGUUCUAUAUUAAUGGUGCUGAAAGCUGUAAAGACAAAAACGCAUCUGUAUGAAAGUCAAAACGUCUCUGAAUUAUUCAUAUUUGAAUAAAUAUGGGUGUGAAUAUU